GGGAAAAGUAAAAAAAAAGCCGCAAGUAUGCUAAUAGGAAACGGACUUGCCCGGCGGACUGCCGUUAUCUACUUUGGAAAAUCACUUGCCCGCGACGAUUUUAACCCGGGCAAGCGUGCGUCAGCUUUAAAAAAGCCCUGGAUAAAAGUAGAUGACCAUCAAUGGCAGCAACAAAUAGACCAGUUAAUAAGAAGAGAAGGCCUUCUUGUAGUGGAGAGUACAAUGAGGCAGAUGACUACCUGGACCUCACGGACACCAGUCUGGAAAGUGCAGAAAUGUAUCUGUCCAUGAACUUGUCAGACCAGACUGCUGAACAAAAUACAACUGCUGACUUUUUUGACAGUGGUCUUGGGUCAGAACAAUUAUUAAUGUCAGAGAGUAUGUCCCUCCUCUCGUCACAAUCAGAACGUCACAAUUCCAGUAUUAAAAUAGGAUUGGAACAGAAGAAUGCACUGGAAGAAAAAUUCAACAAAAAGCCUAGGCACAGUUUGGACUUCACUUCACCUGAAUCAGACCUUGAUGUUGAUGAUGCCUUGGAUGACAGCUUUCUGGCAGAGGUCGUGUCAGAUGAUGAUGCAGUUGUUGAUCAUAUAAUGUCAGCUUUAGAUGAUGUUUCUUACGAUGCAGAACCAACAUCUAAGAAACAGCGUAUCCAUCCAUACAGCAGCAAAAAGGGCAAGCAGCCAUUCAAAGGAAAGGCAAGGUUUAAAUUUACUCCAACAAGGGAAAUGAAUCCCAUACAGCAACAAAUGCCUAGAGAAGAGUUUGAGUCAGUGCUUGAAGAAUGGAUUCCAGAAGAUGAGCCUAUGACAAUUCCUGUUGCUAAGCUUAAAACUGCCACGCCCCCUGUGAAACUAGCAUGCCAGGGCUGUGACAGCCUUUUUAGCCACCUCAGUUUAAUUGAAUGCUGUGAAGGCCACUUUGCUUGCAACGAGUGCGCCACAAAGAAAACAAAGCAGGUGCUAACAGGAGAGAAGAAAGGCUCCGUUGGAUGUCCAAAGCUGGACUGCAAUAGCUCCCUGCCUAUCAGUGAGCUGAGGAAGGUUCACCCUGUGAUGGUGAUAGAGCUGCUAGAGGACAAGUGGAACAAGGAGACAAUGGAGGCCCUGGAACAGAUGUCAGAUGUUGUCAAGUGCCCAGAGUGCAGCCUAGCUCUGGUAGUGGAUGAGGAAGUGAAGAGAUUCAAAUGUGCACAGUGCUCAAAUUCAUUCUGUCGCCACUGCAUGAAGAAGUGGCAGUGUAAUGAACAUGACCUGUGUAUCAGUUUGAAACCCUGGACCUCCAGCUACUCUGGCAAGAUGGUCAACAUUCCAGCCUUCUGGGAGGACCCUACACCAAACCAGGUAUAUAGCCUCAUAGAUUUAUCAACGACGUCUAUGGAAUUUGUGGACAUUAUCCAGCACGUUCAGAAGUUCAUGAAAUGUGAUGUGAAGAAGAUCUUCCGAAUUCAGAAUCACAAGAUCUGGGAGAAAUAUUCUGUAACAAGGAGUCACAUGAUUGAGGAGCUGGGAAUGAGGCUGACUUACGAGUCUCGCUUGUUUCACGGCACAGAUGUUAGUGCCAUUGAGGCCAUCUGCAAUGAAGGAUUUGAUCUCAGAGUGUCUGGAAAGAAUGCUGUUGCAUUUGGAAAUGGCAUCUACUUUGCAAGAUCUGCAGCAUAUUCUCACAGAUAUACCAGGAAAGGUGGACAUGGGCAAGGUUUCUCAGCAGCCACCUUACCCAAUCUUGUACCCCUACCACAGUUUAGCAGUAAUGCUGUGGCCAGCGUAAUUUCACUUCACCCUCCUAUAUCAUCCAAUCAAUCAGGAAAUCUUAUGAGGUAUGGAGGACUAACAAUGCAAGGAACAAGCUUUGGUCCCCUGAUGACCCCUGCUCUGGGAAGUAUCUCAUAUGCUAAAGGUAUUUGCACCGUUAAUCAGCAAGUGGUGCAGUCAAACCAAAUAGUGCCUCCCACCAACCAAUUGGCAAGUAAUUCCAACACUGCAAUGCCUCAUGAUCCUUUUAGGAGUUCAAUUUUUGGAAAGGGGUUAACCCAGUCUUGGUCUCAGCCUGUGUCUGCAUCAUUAGCAGCAAAUGCAGCUGGACAAGCAUCUGUGUUUCAACUACAACAGGCUAGACAGCAGGUAGAAGGUGCUCAUAAAAUGCUUGUGACCCAAAGUAUUGGAACAGCCGCUAUCAGCUACCAGAAGGGUGUGCCAUCACAGCAUGUUCCUAGCUGUUCAUUCCAAACCCCAGCUGACUCUGGGACCUCUACUGUGACAAGAAAUAUGUCCACUGCUGUAGCAGCCAAGUCAGAGAAUGUGGUUCAGAAUGCACGCUCUAGUGGUGGUCUGAUAAAGGGCAGUGCUUCACAGAAUGGUAUGUUAGCAGCAGAAGACAGGUUGAACUGGAACAUAGGUGACUCUGUUAGUAAAGAUCCCAAGUCAAGAUUAGACUAUGUGAACAGUCUGAGACAGAAUGAACAACAAGUAUUAAAAGCUUUGAUUUUACGUUUCUGCAUUGCCAACAAUGAAAACGAACUAAAAAGUGUUUUAUUACAAUUCAGAAAACCUUCAAAAUACAAAAUUGCAUUAAAGUAUGGUGUACUAGAGAAAAGAGAAGAAGGCACAUUUACAUUUACCAUCAUACCUGGUAUCCAGCUUACUGAUGCUCUGCCAUGCAAUUGUCACAGAAUUCCGAGGCAAAUCUGUGAUCAUUUAUUAAAGGGACUUUCCUUUUUGAAGGAUGCCACGAAAAGGGUUCAAGCAUUUAGUUUUGAAAAGCGUGAAAAGUUGGCAAAAUAUUUUGCCAGUGCUUUGUAUUUUAUGAUGGAUUCUUCCCAGCAGAGUAAGUCAACCGCAUCCAGUGUUUACCACAAUCCUUCAGUGCCACAAGUGUCAAAGCUUUCCCUCACAACAGGGGAUUCCAAAACCAAUAUCACUUUGACAAAAUCUAGCAGUGGAAAUAUGUCUACUAACAGUGCAUCGUUUAGAUCAGGGCAGUUGUUAGCUGGUAGCCAUCUACAAGUCCCCAGUGUCUGUCAACCAAGUCAAAGCCGUGAUGUGCAACCCUCCAAGUCUUUAGUGCAGUCGAAUAGCACAGGGAUGCUCAGAGAUGAUCUGACAAGACUCAUUACUGGUGGUGCAAAUUCAGGAAGCCCUUCAACAAGUCACUCACAGCAAUCUAAUAGAAUUGGAACAGACUUGCUGGGAAUAUGCAAGUGUCAUCGCCUGCCUUUGACCUUGUGCAAAAUAAAAAAACUUGCUAGACUCAGGGAGGAUUUGAGAUUAAAGGAGAGUUCAGACCCAGCUGUCACUUGUAGAGGAGCAAGAACCAAUAUGAAUUUUCAGUUGCCUCAGACUGGAGUGGUUCAGCAAAACAUUCCAGUUAACACCAUUACCUUGCAAGGUUCUAAUCCAGGUGGUUCAACAAUGCAGCCUACUUCAAGGUUAGUCACUACAGCCCAUAUUCAGUCUUCUCAUGAACCAGAGCCCAUGGAUAUUGACAAUGGGUCACACAAAACAUUGUUUGAUGUCGCUGCAGCCCAUGCCAGCAAUGACUGCUUUAUGGUAGUUGCCAGGGUCCUCGUUGGCCGUAUUUGUCAGGGAUCUAAGGAAAUGAGGCGGCCAGCAAAGGAUCCCUCCGGCCUUGCCACUCACACAGCUGUCGACAAUAUGGCGUCCCCACAGAUAUUUGUUGUGUUUGAUAACACACAGUGCUAUCCUGAGUACCUUGUCAGAUAUUCGAGUUCUCUUUGAUAUGUAUGAGCCGUUCAGGCAAUAGAAUCAAUUAGAGACUCAUUCAUUUAUUAAUAAUACUAAGUAUUUAAUAAAUAUUUAAGAUCAUAGCCAAAGCUCUUCAUUCCAUAGUGUAAUAUAUUUUUCACAUUAUGGUACGUAAUUAUUCCUACUUAAUGUUUGUUUCUUAUAUACAAGAUUAUAGAAAUUUGCUGACUAAA